CGGCUGCUUUCUGACGUGUUUUUCACCUGGUCAGGGUAAAUUCUGUGAAACUUCCGCGGAUUGUAGUCGUUUUGUCUGGUGUUUUACCAUGAAAUUAUUGUAAUAAACUGCUUUAAAAGUCAAGCAACAGUUCACUGAUAAUAUCUGUGACGCACUCUGCUGAAAUUUUCGUGCGUCCAGCAGCAGCGAAAUGACCACGUACGAAGAAUUCAUCCAACAGAAUGAGGACCGGGACGGGAUUCGGUUCACCUGGAACGUGUGGCCCUCGAGUCGCAUCGAUGCCAGCCGAAUGGUGGUCCCCCUGGGCUGCCUCUAUCAACCGCUGAAGGAACGGCCGGAUCUGCCACCGAUCCUGUACGAUCCGGUCGUCUGCACCCGGACCACCUGCCGGGCCAUCCUAAAUCCGAUGUGCCAGGUUGAUUAUCGGGCCAAGUUGUGGGUGUGCAACUUUUGCUUCCAGCGCAACCCGUUCCCGCCGCAGUACGCAGCCAUCUCGGAACAGCACCAACCGGCGGAACUGAUCGCCGGCUUCAGUACCAUCGAGUACACGAUCACUCGGGCCCCCUGUUUGCCGCCGGUGUUCCUGUUCGUCGUUGACACCUGCAUGGAUGAGGAGGAGUUGUCGGCCCUCAAGGAUUCGCUCCAGAUGUCCCUGAGUUUGCUGCCGGCCAACGCUCUGGUCGGGCUGAUCACGUUCGGUAAGAUGGUUCAGGUCCACGAGCUCGGCACCGAUGGUUGCUCCAAGAGCUACGUUUUCCGCGGGACGAAAGAUCUGACUGCCAAGCAGAUUCAGGAUAUGCUCGGGAUUGGUCGUGGUCUAGGGCCGAACCAGCAACAGCAGCAGCAGCAACAGAUGCGCGGACAAGUCGGUGGGCCAGUUCCUCCGGCGAAUCGGUUCUUGCAACCACUGCACAAGUGCGAUAUGGCACUGACCGAUUUGUUGGGCGAGUUGCAACGAGAUCCGUGGCCUGUUCCUCAAGGCAAGCGUUUCCUUCGCUCGACUGGAGCGGCUUUGUCGAUUGCCGUCGGUUUGUUGGAGUGCACCUACCCGAAUACCGGAGCUCGAAUCAUGCUGUUCCUCGGAGGACCGUGCUCUCAGGGUCCCGGUCAAGUGGUUGAUGAUGAGCUCAAACAUCCGAUCCGAUCGCAUCACGACAUCCACAAGGACAAUGCUAAGUUUAUGAAGAAAGCGAUCAAGCACUACGAGGCGCUGGCAUUGAGAACGGCAACCAAUGGGCAUUGUAUUGACAUUUACUCCUGUGCCCUGGAUCAGACGGGCUUGAUGGAGAUGAAACAGUGCUGUAAUUCUACCGGUGGCCACAUGGUUAUGGGAGAUUCUUUUAACUCCUCCCUUUUCAAACAGACCUAUCAGCGAGUAUUUGCGGUCGAUCAAAAGGGUGACCUGAAGAUGGCAUUCAAUGGAACGUUGGAGAUAAAAUGUUCCCGAGAGUUGAAGAUAGAAGGCGGCAUUGGUUCGUGCGUAUCACUAAACGUAAAAAAUGCUUCUGUAUCUGAUUCCGAGAUCGGCAUGGGUAAUACAGCUCAAUGGAAGCUGUGCACAAUGACUCCGAACAGCACAAUGGCAUUUUUCUUUGAGAUAGCAAAUCAACAUGCAGCGCCGAUCCCUCAAGGUGGUCGUGGUUGUCUUCAAUUCAUUUCUCAAUAUCAGCACUCCAGCGGACAAAGGAGAAUCCGUGUAACGACCGUAGCUCGAAGUUGGGCAGAUGCAACUUCGAAUUUGCACAUGAUAAGCGCCGGUUUUGACCAGGAAGCUGCUGCUGUGCUGAUGUCAAGAAUGGUAGUCUACCGAGCAGAGUCCGAUGAUGGGCCAGAUACUUUGCGAUGGGUCGAUCGGCAACUUAUUCGACUCUGUCAGAAGUUUGGUGAAUACAGUAAAGACGAUCCGAACAGUUUCCGGUUGGCGGAGAAUUUCUCACUGUUCCCGCAAUUCAUGUACCAUCUGCGGCGAUCUCAAUUCCUGCAGGUCUUUAACAACUCACCUGAUGAAACCACAUUCUAUCGACACAUGCUGAUGCGAGAAGAUCUUACCCAAUCACUCAUUAUGAUACAACCAAUUCUAUAUUCGUACUCAUUCAACGGGCCCCCGGAACCCGUUCUUCUCGACACCUCCUCGAUCCAACCGGAUCGGAUACUGCUGAUGGAUACCUUCUUCCAAAUUUUGAUUUUCCACGGUGAAACGAUAGCCCAAUGGCGAAGUCUCAAGUAUCAGGAGAUGCCCGAGUACGAAAACUUCAAACAGCUGCUGCAGGCUCCGGUGGACGAUGCCCAGGAAAUUCUACAAACCCGGUUCCCAAUGCCGCGAUACAUUGAUACCGAGCAAGGCGGUUCCCAAGCUCGGUUCCUGCUGUCUAAGGUCAACCCUUCACAGACCCACAACAACAUGUACGCCUAUGGACAGAUGGCUGCACCGAUGGCGGAUGGUGGUGCUCCAGUGCUCACCGACGAUGUCUCGCUGCAAGUUUUCAUGGAACAUCUGAAAAAGCUUGCCGUCUCUUCCACGACCUAGGAGGAUUGCAAUCGGACGCAGGGACAGAGAAAAUGGGUAUUUUAUUUUAUCGAAUCACUGAGUCGUUAUUAUUUGUGUGUAGUUUAAAUUCUUAUCGGACCGUCGAAGAAUUAUGUAUGUAUCUGUUCUCGUACUUUAACGUUAGUGAGAAAGACAAGGGAAUGAUUAAAUGGCAGCGCGACGAUGCUCUUCGAUCUGCGAUCAAUCAAAUCGAUUUGUUUUCGAUUCGUACUCUUAAUCGAUUCCCGUUUGUUUGAACUCAUCUUGUGGCAAUGCGGGCUCUAUUCAGUUAUGUAUUACUCUAGCAAAACCAAUUAAACAAUUGCAUAAACUUUAUAAUAAAUUAGGUAGAGACAA